UCACCCAUGUUCGACGGGAAAGUCCCCAAUUGGUACCACCAGAAGUGCUUCUUCAUUAAACAGCGGCCAAAGACUGUGGCCGACAUUGGAAACUUUGACUCCGUGCGGUGGGAAGACCAGGAAAAGAUCAAAACUGCGAUUGAAACUGCGGGUUCGGGGGGUGGCGCUCCCUCAGACACAGGAGGGAAGGGCGGCAAGAAGGGCAAGGGAAAAGCCAAAGGAGGCGUUAAUGAUUUCACAGCCGAGUAUGCCAAGAGCGGAAGGGCCAUGUGCCGAGGGUGCGACGAGAAGAUCCUCAAGGACCAAGUGCGAAUCAGCAAGAAAGAAUAUGAUAGUGAGCGUGCCAGAAUGUAUGGACCUGUGGAUUUAUGGCAUCAUGUCGACUGCUUUGUGAAGAAGCGCGCAGAGCUAGGCUUCUUUGAGAGUGGCGACACCAUUGCUGGGUUCGGCACCCUCUCUGCUGAUGACAAGAAUAUGCUAAAGUCGAAAUUGAAAAAGAUUGAAGUGAAGAGGAAGGCAGAAGAUGAGCCUGACUGUGCGCCAAAGAAGAUUAAAACAGAAGAAGAGGAAACAGUUCGAAAGCAGAGCAAGACUAUGUUCAAGUACAGAGACAACCUUGCCAAGCUUCUGAAGAAGAAGGAGCUGAGCUACAUCCUGGAGCACAAUGACCAGUACAUGCCCACUGGGGAUAGCAAGAUGCUGGAUGUCAUUGUUGAUGGAAUGACAUUUGGUGCCCUUGAGCCCUGUGAGGUGUGCCCGGAUGGACGUCUCAGUUACGAGUCUGGUAAAGGUUACAAGUGCCAUGGCAACCUCACCGAGUGGACAAAAUGCACUAACUUAGUCAAGGAGCCGAAACGCCGUCCGUUUAAGAUACCAGAAGAGCUGAAAAAUAACUUUGACUUCCUGAAUCAGUAUAAAUUCAAAGGAAUUCAGAAGAGAGUGUGGAUUGACCAUGGGCCGUCAACUGCUGAAUUGACCGUGAAGACAGAAAAUGGCUCAUCCAUGUCGACCUCUGGUAAACCGCUUGAAGGCAUGAAGUUCGUCAUCGUCGGGGACAAGUUUGGAAUGGAAAAGAAGGAGAUGAAGAAUAAGAUCAAGGAACUCGGAGGAGAAGUGGCAAGCAAAGUGGAGAAGGACACAGCGGCCGUCAUCACGACUGCUGACCACAUUGGAGGCACCAACAAAAAGAUCGAUGCCGCCAAGGAGCACAACAUCCAGUGCGUGAGCGACGACUUCCUGGAGGAGGUGGAGAAGGGGGGUGCGCUGCUCAUGAUCCAGAAGAAGAACAUGGCCCCCUGGGGUGGCGAUCCCCAGGACAGAGUCCAUGCUUCUAAGUCAUCAACUAAAUCUAAAUUUGAAUCUCGAUUCACCAAGAGCAUGCCGGAAAAACAGAAGAUCAAGUUGAAGGGAGGAGCAGCUGUCGACCCAGACUCUGGCCUCGAAGACAAGGCCCAUGUGUAUCAGGGAGGCAAAAAGAUCUACAAUUGUGUCCUGGGCUUGGUGGACAUUGUGCGAGGAACCAACUCCUAUUACAAGCUGCAAGUGCUGGAGAGUGACAAGAAAAACAGUUGGUGGUUAUUCCGUUCCUGGGGUCGCAUUGGCACCACCAUCGGCAACAACAAGCUGGAAAGCAAGGAGGACCUGCAGGAUGCCCUGGCCCAGUUCGAGGGGCUCUACGAAGAGAAGACAGGCAACCGCUUCUCUGCCAAGGAAUUCAACAAGGUGCCUGGCUGUUGGUAUCCACUCGACAUCGACUACGGCCAGGAUGAAGAGAUAGUAAAGAAGCCUACCACAGGAGGCUCAAAGAGCAAGUUACCAAAGCAAGUCCAGGAGCUAGUCGCACUCAUAUUUGAUGUAGACACGAUGAAAAAUGCCCUUGUUGAGUUUGAGAUUGACGUGAAGAAGAUGCCCCUUGGGAAGCUGAGCAAGAAGCAGAUCGAGAAUGCCUACAAGGUCCUUUCGGAAGCCCUAAAGCUCAUCAGUGACAAGCAGGACACGAAGGAUGACGACUCAGACUCCGCCUCCUCUUCCGCCCAGGCCAGGAUCAAGGCUCAGCUCCUCGACUGCUCCAACCGCUUCUUCACCCUCAUCCCCCACGACUUCGGCAUGAAGAAACCCCCCAUCCUGGAUGAUCUAGAGCUUAUCAAGGCAAAGGUGGCCAUGUUGGACAAUUUGAGUGAGAUUGAGGUGGCCUACAACCUCCUGAAGUCGGAGGGUGACGAGGACAAGGACGCCGACCCGAUCGACAAGCACUACCGCAAACUCAACACCAAGAUCGACGUGGUGGACAAGAAGUCAGAGGAGUUCAGCAUGAUCAAGAAAUACGUCAGUAAUACUCACGCAUCCACACACGGACAUUAUAAGCUGGUGGUUGAGGAGGCGUUCAAGAUCGAGAGGAGCGGAGAGAAGAAGCGCUUCAAGCCAUUCAAGCAGCUCCACAAUCGCAAGCUCCUCUGGCACGGCUCCAGGCUCACCAACUUUGCUGGCAUUCUUUCUCAGGGUCUAAGAAUUGCACCACCGGAAGCUCCCGUCACUGGUUACAUGUUUGGUAAGGGUGUCUAUUUCGCUGAUAUGGUGUCCAAGUCUGCAAACUACUGUUGCACCUCACAGUCAAACCCAACGGGUCUCAUCCUGCUUGCAGACGUAGCACUUGGAAAUAUGUACGAGCGCAACCAUGCGGAAUAUGUUGAAAAACUACCUAAGGGGAUGCACAGUACAAAGGGUCUGGGACGCACCUGCCCUGACCCCAGUGAGAGCAUCACUGUCGACGGGGUGGAAGUGCCGCUGGGUAAGGGCAUCCAGGCCCCCGUCGGUAACACCUCGCUUCUCUACAAUGAGUUCAUUGUCUAUGAUGUGGCGCAGGUCAAUGUCAAGUACCUCCUCAAGCUCAAGUUCAAUUACCGGUAUUAAGAUGGAGCUCUUGGUUCUGUGUUUGAGUAAGGGGCCGGAAGGUGGUUUCAUGUUAUUUAUUUGGUCAGUUGAAGAAAUUUAGAUGAUUUGAUUACAGGUAUGAAGAGGCAGCUGUUAUCAUUAUCAUACUAUUAACUAUUACUAUUUUUUUCCUUUUUGGUUACGGCCACUUGUAUGAGAGAGAGGGUCCAUUUUGUUUUUACUCGUUUUUUUUUUUUUUUCGUUUACAGCAUAAUUUGUAUUUGUUUUUGUCUUAUUUCUUUUAUCAUGUAGUAGGGUAUGAAAUAUCUGCAAAGAAAACGUUUGUAGAUAAAGUAAAUUACCAAGUUCCUCAAGAAAAGAACAAUUUAGUUUUGAUUAUGCAAGAAACAGCAACAAGAAGAAAUCGUAGUUAUGAAAAUGAAAUGCAAGCACCAAGUGGCAAUAAAUGUUGCUGCCUGAGGUGUAGGCUAAAUAAGCAGCUGGAGAAUAGGUUAAUUAAACUAGUGGGAGUUCAUGGCAGAAUUUAAAGGCUUUAAAUCGGAUAGUAACAUACAUUCCUAUUAGUUGACUUGGCUAUAAAGUUUAUUGGCUGAUUGAACUUAAAGUGAACAAUAAUAUUAGAUUUUGUCUUGUUGUUAGGUUGUGCGAUUUAUUGCUGGAUCUGUCUUGGAUUAGAUUAGAGUGAGUUGGACUCGACAUAGAAAGAAAACCAAAAUUUGUGCACGAUUUGCAUUUGCAAAAGAAUAGAUUUGCACCAAAGACUCAGAACUGCCAUUAAGUCCCUCAAAGUGUUGUUUUUAUUUUUUUAAUUUGGUAUAAGAAGGUCAUUAUAGUCUUGCUAGAGUAUCGUAAAAAGAUGCAGUUUCACCCGUUUUAGCAGUGGUGCUCGUCUGUUUUUGAAAUGGCUUCAGAACAAAGGAAAGGGAAAUUUUGAGAAACUUUUCCUUUCAAAAUAUUUUCUCAAAGUGGAAGUCCAAGUUGAUCUGUGCUUUUUUUUAAUGUAAAUAUUUUGUUACUUAAUAGAGGCUAUGCAGAAUGCGUGGAGUGUAGCCCUAAAUGUUAUUCAUUUAGGAUAUUUUCUCGUUAAUUGUUUUCCAGAGUAUGAUCUGUAGAUCUUUAGUACCAAAUUUAUUGACUGUACAAGAGGAAAUUGUGUAUGCAUGUUUUGAUACAUGUUUACAUAUGUCUGAUAAAUGUAUUCAUGUAUGGGUGUGUGAUAGAUGUUUGCACCCCCACCCCACCACCACACACACACACACACACACACACAC